AUGCAUCGCCAACCGCAUUACGUCGUGACAGAUGGGGUCCACACUGUCCAGGAGACGCUCCUGCGUGGGCUAGACGUGCGGCUUGGUGUCCAGUCGACCAAAGUCACGCCGACUCCGAACGGAGUUGAACUCUCGUAUCGCAAAGCGGACAGCGAGGCUCGGGAAAUCACCGAAUUGUUCGACCUGGUUGUUCUGGCUGUGUCCCCAGACGUCGUGGCGCACAUCUUCGAGCCCUUGUCAACGACUCUGAGCGACGUCCCUACGACCACGGUGAAGACGGUGGCGCAUACGGAUUUUGCCAAUCUCCCGCAGGUUGGAACGGGAGUCAAGCCAGGAGUCAGGGUUUCUAGCAAAGCCGGCACCCCCCAGCACAUUUUCCUGCGCUCCAACGCGUCCACCACGGAAUCGGUCCACGUGCAGCCAAACUCGGUCCUUGUCACGACAAACCCGCUAACGCCUAUCGACGAGACCAAAGUCAUUCAAGCCGGCGGCUCAUCAAUCGCGUUUUUUGACAAAGAGGGCAGACGCGCUGAUUCUAAGGCGAUCAACUGGCGCAGUGGCGAUAACGGCGUGUAUCUAGCGGGAGGAUGGUGCUGGGAUGGAAUGGUGCUCUUGGAGGGUUGUAUUGUCUCAGCGAUGCGAGUGGCAGCCGACCUGGGGGUGGAAGUCCCAUGGGAGAGAUGA